AUGCCCACUGGUGUUCUCGAGGAGGGGGACAAUGAGGGCAAGGGCAAGGGUGGAGAGGAGGCUGAGGAGGAAGAAGCUCAGAAGGGCAAUGAGAAGGAGGUUGGGGUGGUUGUCGGCGACGACGAGGGUGGCGGCGGCGAUGGGAGCGAGUUGGUUCACUACUACAAAGAUCAGUAA